ACAGAUUUAAUCAGUUGAAUCAUUGGUUCUUUAUAAAUCUUAGAAUGAUCAGGAAAUGCCCAAGAUGACUAACUGGAAUUACUGAAAGAUUCAAUAAAUCCCAAUCACGUUCACGUCAAACAGCAAUCUUAUGGAUUUGUAUAUCAACUCGCACAGCUACCGUCGAGCAGUCAUUAGUGGAGCAGAUCUGCGAUAGGAUAGACUGUACAGUCAACAAGAGAAAAUGUCGAAAAACGUCGUGACCUUAUUAAUAGGUUUGUUGUGCUGUCUACUUAUUUCAAAUACGUCAGGAAGAAGUAUAUAUUCGCGUCACCAGCCACAUCAUCAUCAUCAUCAAGGGGGGUUCGGUGGCCCAGGGGGGUAUGGAGGCGGCUACAACCCCUACGGCGGAGGUGGUUUUGGAGGAUUCAACCCCAGCUUCUCCAACUCCAAUGCUGCCAGCCAGUCGGCGGCCUUCAAUGUGAACACUCCAUUCGGUGGAUUCUCAGCCAGCAAUUCAGCCUCAAAUGCAUUUGGCUCAAAUUUCCAAGGUUGAUAAAGAUGAGGACUACAAUACACCUUGAAUGACUUCAUCUGCCAUCUAAUACGUAAUAAGCUAAAUCGUUCAGUUGCAGAAUGAUUACAAAAUACAAUUUAAAAUCAACUGUCAUUUAUGUAUAAGAACGAGAAUCAUCAUCUAGUAAACAUUGUCAUGUUAUCACCUGCUGUGAGAAUGCAGGAUAACAGUCAUUUUCGAUAACAUUAUGAUUCAUACACUCUUA